AUGUCUACCAACAGGAGAAUGAAAAGCCAAGGCGGGAGGAGGAACAAGAGCAGAUCUCCUCACAAGGGGGUCAAAAGAGCUGGAGCUAAAAGAAAAUACCGAAAGGCCGGGCUGAAGAGCAGAAAGAGAAGUGAGGAAGCUCACAGGACUUACCGUUCCAACUUGUGA